UCCUUCUAGAGAGAGAGAGAGAGAGAGAGAGAGAGAGAAGCGCAGAACGGCGGAGGAAGGAGAAACAGAAAAAAUGUUAGAGGAAGACGAUGCGGUGGUCGAAGACGAAGAAGAAGGAGGGCGAGGAGGAGGGAGGAGGAGGAGACAGAGCGAGAGGCGACGUGAUCGUGUGGAAGCAGCAGAGGAGCCACAGCCGUAGCAACCUGUUGAUACAGGAAGUGUCGGGGCGGUUGAUCAGCGGAGAUCUCCAGACCAAAAUCCAGGCCGCCAGGGACAUCAGGAAGGCUGUCAGGGAUUCGGCGUCGUCGUCCUCGUCCCCGUCGUCGUCGCUCAAGACGAGGUCGAGGUUCGCCGCCGCCGGAGUCGUCCAGCCGCUGGUCCUCAUGCUCUUCUCCCCGAACGACGAGGCGCGCGAGGCCUCGCUCCUCGCGCUCCUCAAUCUCGCCGCCAGGAACGAACGAAACAAGAUCAAGAUAGUGGCCGAUGGUGCAGUGCCCCCUCUUGUAGAGCUCCUUAAGAUACAUAAUGGCAGCCUAAGGGAACUAGCUACAGCGGCUAUUUUAACACUCUCCACUGCUACACCAAACAAGCCAACCAUUCUGGCUUCUGGAGCAGCACCUCUUCUAGUGCAAAUUCUCGGCUCUGGAAGUGUCCAAGGUAGAGUUGAUGCAGUUACUGCCUUGCAUAAUCUCUUCACCUGCAAAGAAAGUGCCACAGCAUGUCUUGAUGCUGCAGCAGUGCCAGCUCUAAUUAAUCUUCUCAAGGAAUGUAGGAAGCAUUCCAAGUUUGCUGAGAAAGCUAGUGCUUUGCUGGAAAUACUUUCAAAUUCUGAUGAAGGUAGAACGGCCAUUGCAAGCUCAAAUGGUGGGAUUUUAACCUUAGUGGAAACAAUUGAAGAUGGUUCUCCAGUUAGCAUGGAGCAUGCGGUGGGGGCUUUACUUACGUUAUGCCUGAGCUGCCGAAGUAAGUACAGAGUGCUUAUUCUGAAUGAGGGUGCAAUUCCAGGGCUUCUAAAGUUGACUGUUGAAGGUACUCCAGAAGCUCAAGAGAGAUCCCGCGCACUUUUGGAUCUGCUGCGGGAGUCGCCACAAGACAAGAGAUUGGCCUCCUCUGUUUUGGAGAAAAUUGUUUAUGACAUUGCUACUAGGGUCGAUGGAGCUGAUAAAGCCCCUGAAACAGCCAAAAAGUUGCUACAAGAUAUGGUUCAAAGGAGCAUCGAAAUCGAAACAAGCCGAAUCGUGUCCAAGGGUGUGUCUUGUACCACGGAAGCUUCCUCUGUAGGAUGUUCUGAACUCGAGCAACAUACUUCAGUAAGUCAUGAGUAUUUUGGGCUGUAAAUGCAUACGUCAAUGGGAGCUGUUCUUUCCAUGUAAGAGCAGAAGCAUGGAAUCCAAGGAACUGGACAACACCCUCUCUGGUUUGCUCGUGAAUCGUUGAUCAUCUGAUCUCCAUGCUUUUGGUUGUAUAUCUGUGAAUCUGCUCUUGUAUAUAUAAGAACCUCCCUGUUUUAUGUUGUGGGUUCUUAUGCUAGACGGCUAUUGUAGUAUAGGAGGUGUUGACUAAAGUUUUCGAGUGAUGACGGGUGCUUGUCAGAAGCUUGACAUGUAUUGAUGGCUAACCUACUUCAUUUGCAGA